AUGAUUUUUAAAAAUUAUAUACUAAUUAUAACAUUAUUUUUUAUUAUUUAUAUCAAGCAAGAAAUUUUUACAAAUGCUGUUGAAACCUCAACAAAACCUAUUAAAUGUGGACAAAACGAAGAACCACAAAAAUGUGGAUGUGAUGGAACAUGUAAAAAUCCAAAUCCCCCUUGUAAAACCAAACCAGUUUGUGGGGCACAACGUUGUCUUUGUAUUCAACGAAUGGUGGGAAAUAGAGCCAUUGAAAGAUUAGUUCGCAAUCAAAAUAAUAAAUGUGUCGAGGAAAAGAAUUGUAAAAAAUAAGAGAAAAUGAUUGUUUUUUGAAAAAAAAUAUUUUUUGGAAAUAA